AUGGUUGGCGAGCAUGAUAACGGUCGCCAUGGAAAGAAGAAAGGGAAAACAAACAAGGAUAAUAUGGGGAAUGACUCGCCGACGUCGUAUACGUUGGUUAACACAGGCCUUCCAGAAAAGGUCCGCGUGCCAUAUAUACCUACGCCGGAAAAUACGCGAGUAACCGUAAAAUUCGGGUCGUCAAUAGAUCCAUCUGAUGGUGCUGAGGUUGUAUCACCUUUUGCUCCGCGGGAGGAGACAGGCUACUACUGGGGGUAUUCGGUAAGACGGUGCGCCACGCUUUCUGCUGUAUUUACUGAAUGUCCGUUUGAUGGCGGGUAUGAUUUGUCAUUUGGGACAUCGGAACGCGGUUGCCCAUUAUCCGAAGCGAUAGCGGGAGAGGUCCCUAAGUUCGAGCAUCUCAUUGUCGUUUUCGGUGGCGUAGCAGGCCUUGAAGCUGCGGUGACGGCGGAUAAAGACUUACGGGAUAAGGGCCUGGGGCCGAGUGACGCUGGAAGGGUGUUUGAUUAUUGGGUGAAUGUGCUCCCUGGCCAGGGGAGUCGGACUAUCAGGACAGAAGAGGCGGUUUGGCUAGGUUUAAUGGGGCUUAGGGGUGUGGUUGAACGUAAUGAUGGUUGUUGA